CUACCCAAACCUCACUCAACACACAACACACAAUCACCGCUUCACCCAACACAGACCAAACUUUUGCAUGCCAACAAUGGCACCAGCCAAAACUCUCGAUUAUCUUUCUCAAGAAAAAACCCUCGAGUCUAGUUUCGUUCGAGACGAAAGCGAGCGUCCAAAAGUCUCUUACAAUGUCUUCAGCAACGAGAUCCCAAUCAUUUCUCUUGCCGGGAUCGACGACGUUGGUGGCCGUAGAACAGAGAUAUGCAACAAGAUUGUUGAAGCUUGUGAGAAUUGGGGUAUCUUCCAGGUUAUCGAUCAUGGUGUAGAUUCAAAGCUCAUUUCUGAGAUGACCCGUUUUGCUAAAGAGUUUUUCGAUUUGCCACCGGAAGAGAAGCUCCGGUUUGACAUGUCCGGUGGUAAAAAGGGUGGUUUCAUUGUGUCUAGUCAUCUGCAAGGGGAAGUGGUGAAGGAUUGGAGGGAGCUAGUGACAUAUUUUUCCUACCCAAUCAAACAAAGAGACUAUUCAAGGUGGCCAGACAAGCCUGAAGGAUGGAAAACAGUUACAGGGCAAUAUAGUGAGAAGCUUAUGAGUUUAGCAUGCAAGCUAUUGGAAGUUUUAUCGGAGGCUAUGGGGUUAGAGAAAGAAGCUUUAACAAAAGCAUGUGUCGAUAUGGAUCAGAAGGUUGUGGUGAAUUACUACCCAAAAUGCCCUCAACCUGACCUUACUCUUGGGCUGAAACGACACACUGAUCCAGGCACAAUAACUCUAUUGCUUCAGGAUCAAGUAGGUGGUCUUCAAGCAACUAAAGAUAAUGGUAAGACGUGGAUCACAGUUCAACCUGUUGAGGGUGCUUUCGUUGUUAAUCUUGGAGAUCAUGGUCACUAUCUAAGUAAUGGACGGUUCAAAAAUGCUGAUCACCAAGCAGUGGUGAAUUCAAACUACAGUCGAUUGUCCAUUGCAACAUUCCAGAAUCCAGCACCAGAUGCAACUGUGUACCCUUUGAAGAUCAGAGAAGGAGAGAAAUCUGUGUUGGAGGAGCCAAUUACUUUUUCUGAAAUGUACAGGAGGAAGAUGAGCAAGGAUCUUGAGAUUGCUAGGAUGAAGAAGCUGGCUAAGGAAGAAAAAGAAGUCAGGGAGUCAGAGAAGGCUAAACUUGAGACCAUACCUUUGAACCAGAUCCUUGCUUAGCUUGGUUUGAGAAACUAUGAGUUGUGUGUGUUUGAAUGGUUGUUUUAACUGCCAUGUGGGGAUUGGAUGUACUUUGUUAUGUACCCGCGAGAUCUAAUAAAAAAUAAUAUGGUCCAUAGUUAGGUUUUGUUGAAUAAA